UUCAUCCAGCGUUUACUAACCUGUCAGCAGUAACAGGAUGGACAUGGAUAUUCAAAAUUUAACUGCAAGUGGAAAUGUCUCCGCUGUCCCGCCUGCCCCAUACAGUCUGUUGGAGGUCAUAACCAUUGCAACAGUGUCAGCUGUUGUGAGUCUCAUCACAAUAGUGGGGAAUGUUCUGGUGAUGCUCUCUUUCAAGGUCAACAGCCAACUUAAGACCGUUAACAACUACUACUUACUCAGUUUAGCUUUUGCAGACCUCAUUAUCGGCGUGUUCUCCAUGAACCUGUACACAUCCUACAUUCUCAUGGGAUACUGGUCUUUAGGGAAUAUAGCAUGUGAUCUGUGGUUGGCCAUUGACUAUGUUGCAAGUAAUGCAUCAGUGAUGAACUUGCUGGUCAUCAGCUUUGACAGAUAUUUCUCCAUUACAAGACCACUUACCUACAGGGCUAAACGGACCCCGAAACGUGCAGGCAUCAUGAUUGGCUUGGCCUGGUUGAUAUCGUUUAUACUGUGGGCUCCACCCAUUCUGUGCUGGCAGUACUUUGUCGGAGAGAGGACGGUUCAUCCUGACCAAUGCCAGAUCCAGUUUUUCUCAGAACCCACUAUUACAUUUGGGACAGCCAUAGCGGCCUUUUAUGUCCCGGUAUCCAUCAUGACAAUUUUAUAUUGCAAAAUCUACAAAGAAACAGAGAAACGUACAAAGAACUUAGCAGAACUCCAAGGAUACCCAUCGCUAGACAGCCGUGAAAACUCUAAAGCACGAAAGCCGAUACUACAAUGCUUUAGUUUUAAAAACAAGAGGGACGGGACUCAAGCGUCAUGGUCUUCGUCCAACCAGAGUUACGUAACUAGGACAACGAUGCAGUCUGAUGACUUGUGGACAAAAUCUGACCAGGUCACCACCUUGAACAGUUAUACGUCCUCAGAGGACGACGAGCGGUCUGUCUCUGAGAUGACCCCGCGAGAAUCUUUCAAGAACCAAGAAUCGACACUUAAUAAAAAUGGACAGUCAGACUGCUAUGAAGACAGCAAAUAUCUAAGUGAUCUUGCAAAAUGCUCCCAGACGAACAAUAAAAAAUGUAUGUCAUACAAGUUCAAGCCGAUCCUUAGUGACAUCACCGCUUUGCAAGGUAGUACCGAGACUGAGAGCGCAAACUCAGAUCAUUGUCAGUCCUUAGAGCCACAGGCUCCUUCAUCCACGUCAUCUUCAACCAAACCAGAAGAUCCAAACUUGAAGAUCCAGAUGACCAAGCGUAAACGAAUGGUCCUUAUCAAGGAGAAAAAGGCUGCGCAGACUCUCAGUGCCAUCCUUCUGGCUUUCCUCCUCACCUGGACCCCGUACAACAUCAUGGUGCUCAUCUCCACCUUCUGUACUAAAUGCAUCCCAGUGUCCCUAUGGCAUCUGGGCUACUGGCUCUGCUAUGUCAACAGCACCAUCAACCCUAUGUGUUAUGCCCUAUGCAACAAGACCUUCCAGAAGACCUUCUGGAUGUUAGUCCUCUGCAAAUGGAAGAAAAAUAGAGGAGAGGAGAAACUUUACUGGUCUGGUCAAAACCAUUAAAUACUGAAGAAACACAACAGAGAUGGCUAACAUUAAAUUAAUUUUUCAUUAUAUUUCUUGUGUACAUAUUGUUUGAAAAUAUGAUUUAUUAGUAAUAUUUAUUUUAGCUUCAAAUCUUUUUUUUUUUAUAAAUAAUUUAACAUGUUUACACAGCAGUGUGUAUUUUAAUAUUGUGUAAUGUCUAAAGGCUAGGGAUGGUGAGGACAAUACAUAAAGAUAUGGACUGUGAAUUUUUAAAUUAUUAUAGAUACCAAAAACCUACAGUGUUUAUUACACGGUAAACUUUUUGUGAUAGAAUGAUUUUGAAAUAUUAUGUAUUGUACGCCUUGGUCAUGUCAGUGACACUGCAUGCAUAGAAACGUAUCUGCUGUGCAAAGCAAUGUUGUAUUAUGUUUGCAGAACUGGACAGUGUUAAAUAUGGAUCUUUAGAUUUUGGAGCUGGCAAACCAUCACUUCUGUAGAGAGAGAGUAGAGAUACACACAAAAGAUUGUAGCUUCACUCUGGAUGUAAUGUCCAUGAUAUUUCAGAAAUUCUAACUGUACAUCAUGUGAAACAUUUCUACAACAUCACCAAUAUAAUCCCAAUGUGCAGUGGCUCAUAUUAAAGGGUUGGUUCACCCAAAAAUGAAACUUCUGCUAUUAAUUACUCACCCUCAUGUCGUUCCACACCAGUAAGACCUUCGUUCAUCUUUGGAACA